CAAAUAUCAGCUCCAAGUGUUUGUGUUUGGGCUAGCUAGCUUUAUGCUAUGUCGUUAGUUAGCACCAGUUCAGAUUGCUGCGAACGGGAAACGUUUACAGCGGUGGGGCGAGGCGAUUAGAAAUGAUACAUCCAGAACUCUCUCGGAAUCAACCCGGGCGACUAUCAACUACUUUAAUAACUGAAGUGUAACACCAGACGGUACUUUUCAGGUCAACAGGACUGGAUAUUAUUAAGAAGCUUUUAUAUUGGUUCUACUGUGUUCAACAUCCAGACUACUCAGUCUAUGGCUCUGAUGGACAAGCAUAAACAGGUCAAGCGUCAGAGGCUCGACCGCAUUUGUGAGGGCAUCCGACCCCCCAUCCUUAACGGGCCUAUGCAUCCACGGCCACUGGUGGCACUGUUGGAUGGGCGUGACUGCACUGUUGAAAUGCCCAUCCUCAAAGAUGUUGCUACUGUGGCCUUUUGUGAUGCGCAAUCUACACAAGAAAUUCAUGAGAAGGUGCUGAAUGAGGCUGUAGCCGCCCUUCUUUAUCACACCAUAACUCUGUCUAGAGAUGAUCUUGAGAAAUUUAAAGGCCUCCGAGUAAUAGUCAGAAUUGGGUCUGGGUUUGACAAUGUUGAUGUCAAAGCAGCUGCUGAGCUUGGUAUAGCAGUGUGCAACGUUCCAGCAUCCUCAGUGGAGGAGACAGCCGACACGUCGCUAUGUUUGAUCCUCAACCUUUAUAGGCGAGUCACAUGGAUGCACCAGGCUCUCCGGGAGGGAACUCGAGCCUCCAGUGUGGAGCAGAUCCGAGAGGUUGCUGGAGGUGCUGCUCGUAUUCGAGGAGAGACACUGGGCAUCAUUGGGCUUGGGCGUGUUGGCCAAGCGGUGGCGCUACGUGCCAAAGCUUUUGGGUUUGGCGUGAUCUUCUAUGACCCUUAUUUGCCUGAUGGCGUGGAGCGCUCUCUGGGCUUGCAGCGCAUGGCCACCCUCCAAGACCUGCUCAUUCACUCUGACUGCGUAUCCCUGCACUGCAGCCUCAAUGAGCACAACCACCACCUCAUCAAUGACUUCACCAUCAAGCAAAUGCGUCAGGGAGCUUUCCUGGUGAACACGUCAAGAGGUGGUUUAAUUGAUGAGAAAGCACUGGCUCAGGCCCUAAAAGAGGGUCGGAUACGAGGGGCUGCAUUGGACGUCCAUGAAAGUGAACCCUUCAGUUUUUCAACUGGCCCCCUUAAAGAUGCCCCCAACCUGAUCUGUACCCCACAUACAUCCUGGUACAGUGAGCAGGCCUCGGUGGAAGCUCGGGAGGAGGCUGCUAGGGAAGUGCGCCGUGCCAUUACUGGCCGUAUCCCGGAUAGCCUGAAGAAUUGUGUGAAUAAAGAGUAUCUUAUGGCAGCAUCUCAAUGGCCCAGUAUGGAGGCUGCCACUGUUCACCCCGAACUUAACGGAGCAACAUACAGAUUUCCUCCAGGUCUGAUCAAUGUUGCCACAGCAGGGGGACUCCCGGGAGCUGGCGCCGGGGUCAAGCCUCGUUUCGGAAACCUGGCUCACGGCAUAGCCCCCGUCACUCACCCGCCACACGCCCCUUCCCCGGGGCAGCCGACUAAGGCUGAAGCCGACAGAGACAUCCCCUCUGACCAAUAGCCCCCCUCGCCACCCAUACUCACACCCUCCCGUUGACCCCCUGCUGCCGCCAGCACAUUCCGUCACCUCUGGAAAACCAGGCUCUAAACCUGUCUUCCAGCAUCAGACACAGUUCGACUCCCCGAAUACCACGAAGACCUGAAGAGACUCCACAUGGUCUCACAUGACCAGCCCGGGACACAGCCCCUCUUAAACCUGCAUCUAUCCUCAUUUCACUGACCCCAACUCAGUCCCACUCCCCAAUGUCAGCAAUAACUUUCUUCUCAUGGAUUCAGUGAUCGGAUUGGUAUUUUUCUGUAGCUGGCUGUUGUUUCAAAGGAAAGUUGAUUUGACUCUAGGUGUUAAUGUUUAUAAAGAAAAGAAAAAAAAAAACAUUUCUGACAACAAGGCUUUCCAGUUGGCUGCAUCUUCUACUGACUGGCCAGUAGAGAGGUGCUCCGACAGAAAGUGUCCCUUUUGUCCAUGAAAGGCUCGUGUUACUGCUUUCGUCAUUUCUUUUAUUCCCCGCCCUCCAUUUCCGACCUACGUGUGACAAUAACAGAUGUCUAAAGAUAAACCAGACCCAAUCACCUUCUGUCCAGUUUUGACUUUUUGCGCUCCUAUUUAAAGCCCCAGAGUUCAAUCAUGCCCCGUGUCCUCACUCUCCUCUUAGUUGGGGAAAUUCAGCUCUACUCUGAUCCAACCCUGGGGCAUGAACUUUUGUCUCAUGGCCAGAAAGAAGCUGCAGCGUCACAAUGCAAUCAUGUGCUGCACGUUUGUGGGUCUCGUCAGCAGAGGGCGACGCCUGACCAUUCAUUUCAAAUAAAUGGAAAAGGGUGCAGUCUCCAGUUUAACUUUAGCGAAGCAAUGACCCCCACACUGACCUAACCAGGGUGUACGUCCCACUAACCCACCCAUGCCCCCGCACAUGCUCAUGAACCCAGUAUGCAUCCUUCCUUUAAAAAUUUGGGGACAGUAGAGCUGAAUUCCUCAGUCAGAGCCAGGGGGACAACAUUCUUGCAUGCUAGCUUUGUUAAAAACGGUGCUGUGUACAAGAAUGUGUGCGCGUGUGCAGGUGUGUGUCCCUUUGCACCAUUUUCUUUCCAAAGGAAUAGCCCCUGCGAGUAACUCUUUAACGCCGUCGCUCUGGUGUCAAGGAAACACCUUUCUAGUACCUCAGUAACAGAUAUUGAAUGUACCGUGCAUACCCUUUUAUUUUUUUGUACAGAUUUUCUAGAUUCUUCUUACUGUUCUUUACCAGAAGGGUUGUGAUAUUGUAGCAGUAAUGACAAAACGAGGAAAAAAAAUAUGGCCCCAGCGACAAAAUAAAGCGACACAUAGGUUUUCUCUCUCACUAUAGGUUACUGAAUACUCAGGCUUCGAAACCAAUGCUCGCCUGUUUUUGCCUUGAGCCCCCCCCCACCCCAGCCCCACCCCGGCCCCCUUUGUCCUCCAUUUUACUGGCUAACGACUAAUGAGGAACAAAGAAAGGUGGUCCUUGUGCUUUACGGUUUCUUUCACUAGAGCAUUAGUGUUAGAUGCUUCCUUUGGUUCUUUUUGCGUCUCUUUUGUCAUUGCCCUGCUGCUGUUUGUUGUGCAUGUGCGAUUGUUUUAAGCAGAUAAAAAAAAAACCCUACAAAUUAGUGGCUGCUUCUCUUUUUGCUGAGUGCGUUUAACCCCAGUUGCCAUUUAUGUCGUGAUCAGUUUUCAGUAAUGUGCAGAUUUCUUCCCCCCCCCCGAGUGACUAGGAACAUGUGAUGCUUGGCUCCUCUGUCAUGUGAUGAGUAUAUAUAUUUUUAAAAAGAAUGCCACCCCCCCAUAGUUCCGUUGAGUAAUCUUAAAUUUUGCUGUUGAUGAUGAUUAUAUAUAUAUAUUUUUUUCAUUUCAGCUGUGCACUGUCAUGUAUACCAGUUAGUUUUAACGUAGAUAACGAUUUCUUUUUAUGGAUAAUUGCUGUCUGUGUUCUACAUGUUGUACUGAAAAGUAUCAUGAAAUCUCCACCCAACUCCUUCAACUCCACUUGCCACCUUUAGACCCCCCCACCUCCCUCCCAGGCCUUACUAUCCUAUUCUCACUGUAGCCGUUCUAGAAAGUCGCCAUGGAACCACUCACUGCCUUAAAACAGUUGACCACAGAAAGUGACCAGUUGAAAUGAUCAAGCCAAAAAAAAAAGAAGAAAAUCUUCAUAGUCUACAGUUGGCUGAAAUUUAUAAAGGUGUAUUAGAGUCACACUGAAAAGGAGGGGAAAAAGUUGGAUUGUUGCAAGAUGAUGAUAUAAAGGAACGAUGACUUAAGUCAUUUUUGUUAAAACUGUUGUCAUGAUUUGACAGGACCAGGGGAAUGUGCCCAGGUGUGCCACCCCCCCCACCCCCCGGCGCAGUAGUUUCUGAAAUGACAAAGUCUGAUUAGAGGUACAAGAUGGGGCCAGAGAUGCCUGAGUUCUUUUUUUCCCCUCAAAGAUUAUAAUAGUCUACUGUACGUCUGAAUUUGAACAAAAACCACAAGAGUUUUUGAAAAUUUUGAAUUCCCCUUUGAUGGGUGAAUGUCAAAAACUUAACGAGAAUCUAAAUUAUACGUGACAAAAUGAGAGAAAAAUGAGUUAGAUAAAAAUUCGGAAGAGCGAGGCAUUUGUCAAGCACAAACUGUUUGUCCUAAUGGUGUCGAUGUGCCAAAAUGUUUACUUACUGCAGAAAUUAUUUUCAACAACAAUCCUCCUCAUAAUGCAGUUAAGUCAAUAUUUACACUUUUCCUAAAAUGACCACUUAUUCCCCAUGUUACUUUGUCAUGAUAUUUAAACUUGAUCCUUAUUGUACUCCCCCCCCCCCUUUUUUUUUUUUUUUUUUUUUUUUUGCACUGUGUGGCUCUAAUACUCCUUUAGUGAAUUCUACACCUGUUCAGCAAUUGAACCUGAAAGUUUUUAUAUUUGGAUCAAAGACAUAAAACACAUAAAUCCCUCCCCACCUCUAAAGUCAUGCCAGUAGUGUAUGUUGUGGCUAACAGAUAAGCACAGUGUGUGUGUUUUGUGUGUUUGUGUGUGGUCACAAAGCUCCAGCCGAUAUUUCACUCUUGGGUGUUAGAAUGCAGCUACCAACUCGUUGAUUGCCCUGCUCCUCCUACUAUUUCUGCUACAAUCCGGGGCUUUCACUCUGUUGCCAGACCCCCCCCCCCACCCCCAAAAACAAAAAAAAAAAAAGCUGGAGUGGUUGUGGUACAGCAGACACUGUUGUCAUCUUUCGUCCCCCCCCAAAGAUUGGUCACUUUUUCUCUCUCAGGGUUGAAAUGCACACAUAUCCUUUAGCAAUUGUCCUCCCUCCGAAUGUAGAACAGCCUCGUGUUUUUAGAAGCCGCUAACCUUUUCUCUUGUGCCACACCGACCUUUUCCUUCUCUCCUUUUCCUUUUGGCACUGACAUCUAACCAUCUAACAAGGAAUGAAUGACUGCUUGAAAGUGACUGUGUGUUUGUGUGAUGUUAAGAUUGGGAAAUGUAUUUUUACAACAUGUGAAAUUUAAUUUUUUUUUUCUCCCCUCCUCCUUCUCACCCACAUUUGUGAACUGAUUUUUCACCAGACUGCAAAAACAAACUCAAAAAUGAAAAAAAAAAAAAAAAAACAACUCUGUAACUAGGCUCUUAAGCUUUAUUUUUUGUUUUGUUUACUUUUUUAUUAGAAACAAUCAUGUUUGUGAUGGUAACUCCCAAUGGUAAACUCCACACCAUAUUUUAAAUAAAAGCUUAAAAAUUAAAA